GCCGUGGCUGCAAGAAGGAACGYGAGAGUCRGCGACAGCGAGGAAUCUUCGAGAAAUCAGGAGCUCUGGCAGAUUAAAGAUAGAAGCUGCGGACUUCCUAUGGAGUUAAACGUGCGGUGCUUGAACUGUGGGUGUGAACUCAGAUGGGUAUGUGUGAUAGGGCGGUGCCAUCUGCCUCAAAACUGUGAUGGUGAGGUAUUGAGAGCGAAUGAUGUCAAUCUGAGCAAUAGACGGGAGGGUAUCCACAGUUCAGGGGGUGAUAGUGACAAGGUCGAUGAUGAUGAUGAUGAUGAUGAUGAUGAUGAUGAUGAUAUUUAUGAUGUUAAUGGUGAUGAUAACGAUAAUGGGGAUAUGAAUCGUUGGAAUCGGAAGACUGGAGAUGGCGAUAAUGAGGGUGACAAUGGGUCGUUGGAAUCGUUGGGACCACCUCAAAACCGUGAUGAUGAUGAUGAGGAGGAGGAGGAUGAUGAGGAGGAUGGUGAUAUGAAUUGUUGGAAUCAGAGGACUGGGGAUAAUGAAAGGGAAGAUGAUAAAACUGGUCGGGGUGGUACAGUCCAUUGGGAUAAGAAGAGAAGUGAAGACAUGAGAAGGGGGUCGGAGCGAGCAGCAGGAGCAGGCCAGCGGUCUGGGAGGAGACCAGAAGAAGAGAGGAGGAGGAAGAAGGUGGAGGUGGGGGAGAAGAAUAGAGGAAGAAGAGCAGUGCAGUCAGAAAAAACAGGUGCCGACAGGAGAGCACAUCAGGGUGUUGACACGUGGCGUUUCUGCGUGACCUGCUAUGUAAUGGCAUCAUGGCGAAGUCCGCGGCACCUGACACGUGGUGCUUUUCGAAGUACUACAACUGCUGCUACACCCCCCAUCCUCAGGCUGGUUUUCGUCUUCUCUUUGGCGACGGUGAGCUUAUUCGCUCUGAGCUCGGGACCAGGUCUGGGAACAGGUAGGCGAACAGGUCUGGAAAGGCAACAGCUUGUGGCACCUGCUUUCUCCCCACACUCGCAUCCACAGCCUUCCACUUCCACGUGGGGGACACUACACGUCAGGAAGCUGAAAACGUGGCUUUAUGGAAUUGUCCCUGUCAGCGACAACGAAGGCAGCACGGAGAUCGCUUCCACCGUAGCUGAACCUGUGAGGUUGCCCGGUACUUAUGUCCACCGCCAUACCCAUCGCCAGCUGCAGAGGAAGGACCGGCAAACGCCUGGUGUGCUCUUCUCGAAGCUGACCGGUCUCGUCGGGCUUGAAACGGAAGGCGCCGGCCGAAGUGCCGCUGUUUUAUUGUCCAAGGACCACCAUCAUCAUCAAGAUGAGCCGCCGCUUUUGGCAAGCCUACACUUCACGAGAAGAUUACAGGGGCCUACUUCUCCGCCUCCGCCUCCAUCGUCUCCACCUGCCGGGCGAACUGCUUUGAUAAUUGUCGAAGCCGCCGAGGAGGUUCUGGUCGAGGGGGCGACUGAGGAGGUGGAUGUGGAGAUGGAGGCGACUUUGGAGGUGGAGGUGAUGCGGGAGGGGGAGAUUGAGGAGGUGGGGGAGGCGGAGGUUGACGAGCUGGAGGGGUGAAAGUUGACAUUGCCACUGUGGAGGGGGGAGGGGGCAGCAGGAGAAGGAGGAGGUGGAGAUGACUGUAGUGGCGAGGUGAUUGGGGAGGUUAGGGGGGUUGACGCGGUGGAUAUGGAGGAGCUGGAGGUGGUAAGAGGAAAGGAGCUGGGCCGCCCUAGCUCAUUAGCGGGAUUCAUCAUUCAUGGACGCCUUCUGGGGUAUCCAUCAAGCUUCCGACGUAGGCUUAGCGUGAACCUGGUCGGCCGUUUGGCCAGAAUCCGCCAGAUGCAUGCCCCUUUUUCUUUUUUUCUUUUUCGUUUUUUUUAAUUUGAUAUCGUGUGGUCCGAUGGACCACGGAUCAGAUAUUAAACUGAUCAGAACAGAUACUACAGUUGAUCUUAGCCGAAAGGCCCAGAAAGGCAUGAUCGUCUUUUGUCGUUUUGUGAAAGUUUCCGUUUCUUCCCAUAACGUCGUGGACCCCAAUGAAGCUCUGGCGGGUCU